AUGAAUAGCCUCAUACACUUCCUACUUGCUGCCGGCGCCGCGGCGGCUCCCUGGCCCUCUACUGCCAGGCCAGCGCUGUCGCUGCACAACAUUACUCGCAUGCCAAUGGAGAUUCGAGGCAGAGGUCUCUCUGGGCCACAGAUGGGAGGUGUCAAUUUUCCUGACCCAAAUCUUAUUUUGGGCGACGGAUCCUGGAAGGCAAUGAGCACCUCUUCAAAUGGAAAAGGAGUCCCAAUUGCAACUUCGAAUGAUGCUUUUACCUGGAACCUUUCGCCCAACGAUGCACUGCCUGACAGAGGCCCUUGGGUUGAUCAAAACGACCAGUCUGUGUGGGCUCCAGACCUAAACAAAAAUGAUUCUGGAGUCUGUAUCAUGUAUUACACUGCUCGUAAGAACGGCGGGAACCAUUGCAUUGGCGCUGCCACCUCAACCUCCGUCAUGGGUCCUUACAAGCCUCAGGACCAGCCAUUGGUUUGCGAUGAAAACAACGGCGGUGUUAUCGACCCAUCCGGAUAUGAUGAUGGCAAGGACCGCUGGCCCGUGUGGAAGGUCGACGGAAACAGCAAGGGCGGCGCGACAGCCUGCCAGCCUGGCCGCCCCAGCGGUUACUACAUCCCGACGCCCAUCAAGAUUCAGCGAGUAGCUCGCGAUGGUCUUACCCUGCUCGACGCGCCCAAGCUCAUAUUGGACAACGAGGGCCGCAGUAAUGACGGGAUCGUGGAAGCAGCCAACUUGUACAAGGUCCCCAACGGCGACUUUGUCGUCUUUUACAGCGCGCACUGCUUCGCCAGCGACGACUACGACAUACAUUGA